AUGGCGAGCGUGGCCGUCCAGCCGUCACCCGCCAGUCCCCUUGGCGACAGGCGUCGAAUGUCUGGCUUGACCAUCAAGACUGACCUGUCCGUGGCUAGCUUUCCAGAAUACGUGGAUCCGUUUACUUCGUCAGACGAGACCAUGAUCGCUUCCCCUGCAGCCAUGGGCGCCGCCCAUCCUCUAGUUGACAAGGUCAAGGGCGAGGAGUUGGGGAGGCAUCCCUCGCCCCAGCCGACGCAUUUCAGCUACCCUACCAUGCCGAAGGUGAACGGCAACGGCCACAGGACCCUGCGCUCAGCGACUGUUGGCUACGUUGCCCCCGAGUUCAAGGGCAAGAAUGAGCAGAUGAAGCUAGUCAAGGCGUACAUUCAGAAGUGUGGGUGGAUUCCCGAAGCGCUCGUCGACACCCAGGUCUCCUGGUUCUACAAUGAGCUGGGCAUCGACGACGUGUACUUCCAGCUCGAGAACCCCGAGGUCGUUGCCAACCACAUCACGUCCUUGUAUGCCGCCAAGGUCGCCGCCUUCUCGCGCCCGGAUAAGCGGGAGGAGAUCCGGCUAGACAUGGAAGCUUCGGACCACGCCAUUUACAUCGACACAAGCGAGCCAGGGAAAACCACCAUCGAUGGCCCGCGGUAUGAGCAUCGCCUCGAGUCCAAGUACCUAGAUGGCAGCGACACGUCAAAACGCUUCCGUGUCGAGACGUUCCGAUCCCCCGGCGUCAUUGGGGACGCGGAUUCCAAGGCGACAAUGCGCUGUUAUUUUGUCUACCAGUGCCAGUUCGUUGAGCCGAAUGCCGACCCUAAGGAGACGAGGCUAGAGGUCAUCAGCGACCGCAUGUUCCUCGCCAAGGCGACCAAGAACACCAAGCAGAUCUACCGGGAGAUCAUCGAGGUUGCGGUCAAUCGCACUGGCCCAGUCAUCGAGGUCUUCGACAUCGAAGGCUCACGGGAGAAGAGGCUCGUUGUCGCCUUCCGUUCGAGGACAGCAAGAGGAAUGUUCAGCGCCCUGAGCGACCUCUAUCACUACUACGGUGUGACGAGCUCUCGCAAGUACGUCGAGCAGUUCUCCAACGGGAUUACGGUCAUGAGUGUCUACUUGCGGCCCGCUCCCAGUCUCGACUCCAAGUAUCCCCCGAUUGAGGAGUCGAUCCACCAGAUCACCAAGGAGGUGUCACUUCUCUACUGCAUGCCCCAGACCAAACUGCACCCAAUGUUCGCCUCCGGCGAGCUGAGCCUCCAGGAGACCAUUUACGCCCAUUGCGUAUGGGUCUUCGUGCAGCACUUCCUGAACCGUCUCGGGUCCGAGUACGCUUCGCUCAUGGCGGCACUUGACCCCAAGAACAACGGGCAUGCCGAGGUCUUGUCGAGGAUGAAGAAGCGCCUGCGCAAUGAGACGUUCACUCCCGAUUACAUCCUCGAGAUCAUCAGCUCGUAUCCUGAGCUUAUCCGUGAUCUGUACGCCUCGUUCGCCAGCGUUCACCUGAAGGUUGGGGCUGGGUUCGAUCGCCAGCGCAUCGCCCCAACUCCGGCCACAGAGGUCCUGUCUGAUGCCAAGCUUAAGGAGAAGAUCACCAAGGUGGUAUCUACCGAGCACGAGGAGAUGGUCAUGUCCGCCUUCCGCACCUUCAACAAUUCCGUCCUCAAGACCAACUACUUCACCCCCACCAAGGUAGCGCUGAGUUUUCGUCUGGACCCUGCAUUCCUUCCCGACAUCGAGUACCCAAAGCGCCUCUAUGGCAUGUUCCUCGUGAUCACGUCAGAGUCUCGGGGCUUCCACUUGCGCUUCAAGGACAUUGCCCGUGGCGGCAUCCGCAUCGUCAAGUCCCGCAGCAAGGAGGCAUAUUCGAUCAACGCCCGCAAUUUGUUCGAUGAGAAUUACGGGCUGGCAAGCACGCAGCAGCGCAAGAACAAGGAUAUUCCCGAGGGCGGCUCCAAGGGUGUUAUCUUGCUGGAUCCCAAGCAGCAGGACAAGGCCCGCGAGGCGUUCGAGAAGUACAUCGACAGCAUUCUGGAUCUGCUGCUGAAGGCCGAGACACCGGGCAUCAAGAACCCCAUCGUUGAUCUCUACGGCAAGGAGGAAAUUCUCUUCAUGGGCCCGGAUGAGAACACGGCGGACCUGGUCGACUGGGCAACCGAGCAUGCCCGGGCCCGAGGGGCGCCUUGGUGGAAGUCAUUCUUCACCGGCAAAUCACCGAAGCUGGGUGGCAUUCCCCACGAUGCUUACGGCAUGACGACGCUGUCGGUCCGUGAGUACGUCAAGGGAAUCUAUCGCAAGCUGAACUUGGACCCAUCGACGGUCAGAAAGAUGCAGACGGGCGGUCCGGACGGCGACCUGGGAAGUAACGAGAUCCUUCUCAGCAAUGAAAAGUACACUGCCAUCGUCGACGGCUCGGGGGUCCUCGUGGAUCCUAAUGGUAUUGACAAGGAGGAGCUGCGCCGGCUUGCGAAGAAGCGCCAAAUGAUCAUGCACUUUGACCUAUCUAAGUUGUCCAAGGACGGCUACAGGGUGCUGUGCGAUGACACGAAUGUCAAACUGCCCAACGGAGAGAUCGUCGCCAACGGGACGGCGUUCCGCAACACAUACCAUCUCCGGGACACUGGGCUCACAGACAUGUUCGUGCCCUGCGGCGGUCGGCCUGAGUCGAUCGACCUCGUUUCGGCGAACAACCUCAUCAAGGAUGGCAAGGCGACGGUUCCAUACAUCGUCGAGGGUGCCAACCUAUUCAUCACGCAGGACGCCAAGUUGCGACUCGAGCAGGCCGGCUGCAUCGUGUACAAGGACGCCAGCGCGAACAAGGGCGGAGUAACCAGCUCCUCGCUCGAGGUCCUCGCAUCGCUCAGCUUUGACGACGAAGGAUUCGUCGAGCACAUGUGCCACGAUGCGCGGGGCAACGCGCCCGAGUUCUACAAGGCGUACGUCAAGGCGGUGCAGGAGAAGAUCCAAGAAAAUGCCCGGCUUGAGUUCGAGGCCAUCUGGCGCGAGCACGAGCAGACGGGCGUGCCCCGGUCAAUCCUGUCAGACAAGUUGUCGACGGCCAUCACAACGCUUGACGAGCAGCUGCAGCAUUCUGACCUGUGGGAGAAGGAGGAUGUCCGCCGGGCCGUGCUGGCGGACGCUCUCCCCAACUUGCUGAUUGAGAAGAUCGGCCUGGACACCAUCAUCCAGCGGGUGCCGGACACAUACCUGCGAGCCAUCUUUGGCAGCUAUCUGGCCAGUCGGUUCGUGUAUGAGUUUGGCAGCUCACCCAGCCAAUUCGCGUUCUAUGAUUUGUAA